CGACGGCGGACGACGACGACCAUUAAUGAAAAAAUAAAAAUAAUGUGGACGCGGUCACACGCAUCGUGUACCGUCAAGUCGGCGGCGCCCCUCGAACCAAUGCCGUAUCUCGGAACCGGUCACGUGACACCCCGGACAACUACACUGAACAGACGAAUGUACCGCCGCCGUCGUACCACUCUCACAGACGGGUGUACGGGACGUUCGGCGUGUGGGGGAUCUCAGCCACCGUCGUCAGGCGAACGGCUGAACGAGUGUUAUAUUUUUUGUUUCUCUACACGCGAUUUCUAGGUUUUUUCAGAUCUCGCUCGUCGGACCCGGCCCGGCCGUCCGCACCCUAUUGAGGCCUCUGUAUUCAAACUGUUCACGAUUUUUUCCGUCUACUUUUACCUGAAUUGUUUACUCGAUGACGUUUGACAAGACGUCGUCGAGUACAUUAUAUUAUUUUCAUAGUGCCAUAUAUUAUUAUUGCGCAAUUGCGACAUUAUUAAUAUUUUACUUAUCUUACUGACUACUGAUUGAAAUGAAUUUAUAAUGAUAAUUUGUAUUGGCACAAAUAAGAGGGAGACACCAAAUGUCUGACAAGUCCGCCAAUUCACAGUGUAGUACUUAAUAUUAAGCAAGUCAUUUUUAGAAAAUAUUAUUGAAGGGUCUUCAGCUUCUCCCCCGCCAAAUUAUAUUUUUGAGUAAUUCAGUAAUAUUGAACCCCAAAAAUUCCAUUAUUUGAUAUUUUGAUAGCACUUAUCACUGAUUGAUAACAAAUAGCACCUGUCAUAUUUUUAUUUUUGCUCAUCAGUUGCCACUAUCAUAGUACUGUCUAUCGUACUAUCGUAGCCCUGAACUAUUUAUUUAGGUAAUGUGUUUUGUGUUAUUCGCUGUAAUAUACCUAUAUAAUUUAAUAGUUGAUUAAUAUUUUGGUUUGAAACACUUACCAUCCGUUUGACUUUUGAAUGUUCCUUUUUAAGUUGUAAUUGUAGUUUUAAGUCGAAAAAGUUAAAUAAUAGUACAAUAAUACACGAUUAUUUUACUCGUUGAAUUUAUGGGUUACUGUAGGAGAGAAUAGUAAUUUAAGUCAUAUUAUUCAGUAUUCUAUAUUUAGGUGAUUAACUAAUUCACAUUAAAGCUAACCAUCAACAUUCACUAAAUGAGAAAAAAAUGACAAGACCAUAAUUUUGUUCCUAAAAUGAAUACAGACAAAUUAAAUUACCAAUGUUCUUACAUAAAAUGCAUUCUGGAAUGUCUCUUAUUAUCUGUGAUAUAUGUAUCCAGUUUAUAUGUAUGGAAUUCACAACAUUCUAGAGAUCAUCCAUCGACUAUUAAGAAAAGAUUUCUUAGUGUAUCAUUCAUGCUAAUAAUUUCACCAUUAUAUACGUGGUAUUUCAUUAGUGACAAAACAAAAGUACCUAUUCGGUAUUGGUUGGGUUUGAAAUGGGAUGGAAUAUUGAUGUCUGCAGCUUCUUCACUUUUCUUAACAUGUAUAUUAUUCAUGGGUCCAAUAUGCUUAAUUUGUUGUAAAAACAUUCAAUUAAAAAAUAUCAUUAGUAUUGAAAAUAUAAAAUCAAAGUUAACAGAAUUAAUUUGGCUCAGAAAUUAUGUGGUGGCGCCAAUAUCUGAAGAAUUUACCUUUAGAGCUUGCAUUAUACCUCUACUACUUCAAAGUUUCCAGCCAAUGACCACCAUUUUAAUUUGUCCAAUAUUUUUUGGAGCAGCUCAUUUUAAUCAAUGGAUAGAAAGGAUGCGAGCGGGUGUACCAUGUUUGGAUGCUUUUAUUAUGUCAGUGUUUCAGUUUAUGUAUACUACAAUAUUUGGAGCAUAUUCGGCACUGCUGUUCAUCUCCACUGGAAAUGUUAUAGGACCAAUCAUGGCUCAUAAAUUUUGCAAUCACAUGGGAUUUCCUGACUUCCGAGAAAUGUUUCAAUUUCAAGAGCCAAAACGUAGCUGUUUACUCAUUCUUUCAUUAGUCGGGUUAAUACUAUGGUGCAUAUUGAUUAAAUAUACUACUGACCCCCGCAUAUAUUCUAACCAAAUGGAUUGGACUGAAAUGAACCAAUGUAAUACCUUAAACUCCAGCAAUAAUUUUGAGCAAAAAUAUUUUGUAAAAUUGUAAACACAAAUACCUUUAUUUACAUACACACAAAAAGAGAAUAUUAUGUACAACAUUAUAACAUUUUGAUAAAACUGUUUAGCUCAAAAAUGUAAUAUAAAUGCUUCUAUUUAAAUUGAAACAAUCAAACACAACAAAAAUGUUAAAUUUAAAAUAAAAGACUGGAUUAUAGAAGAA